AUGUUCUUGAGCACCAACUCCACAUCCUCAAAGAUCCAAGCCUCUCAUGGUGUCAUCAUGUGGGUACUUGGUCUCCACAAAGUCCAUGGAGAAGAGAGCAUUGUAGUGCUCUUGGUACAUGGGGAGCUCAUCCUCCUCCUCUCUUCCUCAGCCUCUUCCAUGGCUCAUCUUGGUUCCCCUCUUGUCAUCUUCAUCAACCAAUUGGUUCACCUCUUCUCCUUCCUCUUCACUCUCAGUCCUCACUCCUUCCUCAUUUGGAGAGCCAUUUCCCCCUCUUGA